AUGGAGGCGGAGAUGGAGGCGGAGAUGAAGAAGCUGCGGGUGAAGGGAAGCAUGACCUUCGGGGAAGUGAUGGCGCAGGGAGAGUUCGGCGUUAUCAUCAAGGGGUUUUACAUGGGGAGGCCGGUGGCGAUCAAGCAGAUUCUGCUGCAUGAGAAGUCGAGACAUACGUUGCAGAUGCUGCACGACGAGGUGAAGAUCCUCAGCAAAGUGAAGCAUGCCAACAUCGUAGAGUUCCUGGGUGUCCUCUCGGAUUUCCCCAUGAAGAGCAAUGGGAGGUUCUUCCCAUACGCACUCAUGUUCGAACUCUGCGAUGAAUCGCUGUGGGUCCGGCUGCAUCGCAAGAGACACAGAUAUGACAUGAGAGAGAAGCUGAGAAUCAUCUCUGAGAUAUCAGCUGCUGUUAGCCAUCUCCACAAGAAGCACAUCGUGCAUCAAGAUCUAAGCAGCUCCAACGUCCUCCUGUCCUUCUCCGGCACAGUCAAACUUUCAGACUUCGGGUUUGCUCGUGAAUGUAAGAACGGUUCUCACGAGAACGAGUACAUUGUGGGCUGCGAGGUUGACGGUGCUGCUGUGAAGCUGCUGGGGAAGCCCGUGACCACCAAGUCCGACGUCUGGGCGCUGGGAUGCUUAACGUGGGAGGUCGUGUCAGGAAAGUUCCCGUGGAACGAGAGGAACGUGAACGAUCGGAGAGGCCUAGCUCAGCACAUCGCGCUAGACAGCUUCCGUGAUGACCCAGGGCUGCGUUUGUCUUCAUCGCAAUUCCACAAGAGGGUCAAAGCGAUCUGCGAGCAUGCGAGGAAGAGGGAAAAGGAUGUUGCUGUCGAAAAGAAGAUGGAUGUAGACACUUUGAGGACCUGGCUGCACUCUUUCUAUGAGACGUACAACAAGGAGAAGCUCGAGGACGUCCCAUACAUUGCAAAGUUCCACCAAGGUGAGUUCCAGAUGACUGGUCACUGUUUGGACAAAUGUGAAAGAAUCAUUUGA